GGCGGAAGCGAUCGUCGCAAUUGUCACGUCGCGGAGUGCGCGGGGGUUGGCGUCUAACCUAUGGCCGGGUGCGAUCCUUCGACCUGGUUUUGGUCGGUUCUUUCUCUCGGCGGUGUGUUCGUGGAUUCGCGCAUCAUUCACCCGUUGCGAGAAGCCGUGUGUAUCGUGUAAACGGCGAAUAGAUGUCGGGAGUGAAUCUGAUUUCGCCGAUCGAUUCGCGUAUUCCGAGAGUGUUUUCAGUGAAUAAACUAGAAGUGCAUCACACGGAAGAGGUUGUGCCGAAUCAGAACACCUUGGAUCAGUCUAUCGGACAGGAGGAUAAUCGGAGAUCAAGCAGAAGGGAUGAUAACGGCGAUGAGGAGAUUGAUCGUUACGUUCAUGGCGAUCCUCCUCGGGAGAUGGGGCGAUUACUCAUAUGGACGCACUUCUUGCUGCUAAUUGUGCUGUUAGCACCGGUGCAGAAAGCUGCAGCAUGCAGCUGUGCGCAAGCCCAUCCUCAAACCAAGUUUUGUGAAUCGGAUUUCGUUGUCGUAGUGAGGGUGAAAAAAGUUGUUCCCGUAAGCGACUAUGAGAUCGCUUACAAAGUCAAGAUAAACAGAGUGUUCAAGUCGAACCCAAAGGCCGACAUCGCUCUGAUGCAGAACCUUUUACGGACACCGUCCGCGGACUCGAUGUGCGGAGUGACACUGAACGUCGGCGAUACGUACGUCGUAAACGGAAGGAUCGUCUCGGGGAAAGCGCUUAUAUCGGUCUGCGGGCUCUCGAUAAGAUGGGCCGACACGACUACCAGGCAACGCAAGGGAUUGAGACAGCUCUAUCAACAAGGCUGCGUGUGUGACAUUCUUUACACACACUGGAGGCGCAAGGGUGCCGUGCUCGAGUCCAGCGGCGGGAAGAAUUGUCUAUGGGAGAGCACACCAGGCCCCCAGGACUGCCAAGAAAAAUACGGCGUUUGCAUGGUGUUACCCAGCGGCUGUUCCUGGGUUCCCUCGGUCCCGUACAAGAAUUGUAUCAAGGAAUACCAGCGUAAACGCGAGCAGCAAAGAGCACGAGAACCUUAAUUGGCACUUUCGUAUCUUUCGUAGCUUUCGUUCGUGUCUUCGUGCGACGGGAAGCAACGGAAUUUAUCGGUUGUAAAACGACGGCGUGUCUGCCAGACAAUUUGAUGACGGACACGCCGCGUAAUCAAGUCACUGAGAGGCGAAGUGGUAUAGCGGUAGUUUAAUGGAAAGCUGCAUAUUUGCAGCACGUAAAAGUGGAAAGGCCCGAACCACUGCUGUAUAUUGCAUGGAAUAAUUGAGUAACGUAACACGAUAGUUCAAUAUUUGGGUUAUACCGCAUACACAUGGAUGCGCAAAAAAAUUCCUUGUUUUUUUUUUAAGUUUUAUUAAUCAUUAAAAACAAUAACACUCUGCGGUUUUAUAAAUUGUUUUUAUACUUUUCAUAGUAACCUUUCAAAUAAAAUCGGAUUUACUUAAAAAUGGCAAUGCAUUAAAUCUCAAUUAUCGGUCAGAAACAAUUAUUAAGACUAUCGAUACGAUGUUAUAAGAAUGCAGUUAAUAUCUGGAAUCGCCUAUCGUCUAUUAAAUUAUUUGUGACUUAGAUUCGAUAGCAAUGAAGUUGAUAAAUUUUAUCCCGUAGUUUAUAAUAAUGGCAAUUUCACUUUAAUAUUGUGUCUAUAACACAAAUAGAAAAAAGUAUUAGUUAAUUAUUAGUAGGUCUGAUUGGAGUUAUAUAUGCACCCAACCCUUAAUUAUUUGAUUAUUAUUAAUGAAGGGUAACUUUGUUUCGGUUAGGUAUUUUGAAACACGUAAAUAUUUCGUCUCUGAAAUGUGCUUCAAUGACCUACUUUCACAAAUAUUCUCUCUCUCUCUCUCUCUCUCUUUCUCUCAAUAUGUUGUAUAUAUUAUAUAUUGUUAAUGUAUAUUAUAUAUCGUUAAAUUAUUCCAAUUACUUCGCGUUGUAUGUAAUCUUAGAUUCGUCGUUACAACCGUACUUUGCUACGUUUCGUAGUAUUUUAUGCGCAUUUUUAGAUCUAAAUUAGAUUGUAGCUGUGCGUAUAUAUUUGUUGUUUGCAUAAAUCAUUAUCAUUAUCCGUGAACUAUUCAAUCAAAUAAGAACACUAAACAUGGGAAUUCAUGGUUUUUAAAUAUAAAAAGUUUUGCUAUUGCAUUUGUAGAGGCAUUGUUUUUACUUUUAUUAAAUUUUAUUGCGAUAGAAUAGUUUCUCGUCAAAUGGAAGUACAUUAUGGCCCUGAUUCGAUUCAUGCUCAAAGCGCUAUGGGCAUCAUUCCAUCUUUAUCGUUCUGUCUUAGUCAACAAAAAUGAUGGAUGAUGCAAAUAACACUUUGAACGUAAAUUAAACCCCGGCUCAUGUAGGUCGAAAUUCACUGCAGAAUAAAAAAAACAUUAAAAAUUUGUAUGUGCGCUUUCAAACGAAAAUAAACGAAUUUUUUACCUAUAACUUAAUUUAGCUUUAUAAACGUGGUAUUUUUGUAAGUGUUAUGUGACAUGUAGAAUAAAAAUAAAUGAAAACAAUUGUUCUUAUAAA